AUAAAAUCAUAAAUUCAGCACUUCAAAAGCAGUGAUGUUUUUCGCGCGGGUGGGUUGUUAUCGCGAGGAACUCGAGGUGAAGUGAAGCGAGUGUUUUUCUACGUCGACGCUGUCAGGGUGGCACAGAAAGGGGGGGACUUAAAUGUUAUUAUAUGUUUGAGAUCAGUGUUGUCGGGGUUUAAUUUGAGUAAAUCCUGCUCGGUGACGGCUCUGCUUGUCACACAUGUGACGCCGCUGGAUCCCGGGGUUUUCAGCACCUGGACAGCUCCCGGUGGUGAACCUCUUCUUCUUCUUAGCGGGCACAUGGAGUCCGUGGUGUGAUUGUGGGGGAAGCCCUGCGAGCACAUCAUGCCUCCCUCCGAAACAGACGUGUUUUUUCUCUCCCUGAUUCGAUGGCAGCGUCGUCGUUUUCGCUGAACGAUGCUGCUUCCAGUCCAGAGGAGGUGGUUUAUUCUCGCUCUGUUGUACGGGUGCUCGGCCAACGCAAAUUCAGGGGGAAUCGCAGCCUACACACAGCAAGAUCCGAGCUUCCCUCACACUGAUCAUCAUCAUUAUCAUCAUCAUCGGCGAGGAGGGAGAUAUUGCCAUCAUUUCUACGAGGGCAAAGGAGUCACGACAACACUUUGCACGAUGUAGAUCUUCGAAAACAAAAGAGGAGUGGUAGGAGCCAGGUCCGUGCAGUGGUGAAAUCACAUUUCACACUUGGGGUCAUUUAGUGUGGACGUCCAUUUGCAGUAACGAGACAUCAACAUGAGCAACCACCAGGCUCCUCCCCAGGCCCGAGCCUCAGAGCUGGAGGUGAUCUCCCAGCAGGUCGAGGAGGACAACCAGUGCGUAGCCCCUGUCCAGCUGGUCAGCAUGGCCUACAGAGACUUGCCUCUGGCCGCGCUGGACAUUUCCCUCGCUGGAUCUCAGCUCAUCUCAAACCCGGAUGAAGAGGACAACAGAGACGGGUCGAACUGGCUGAAACCGUGCUGCGGGCGCCGGGCAGCACUGUGGCAAGUCUGUCUGCUGUCGGCAGGCUUUAACUGUGUCCUGGUGGCCUGUGUCAUUCUGGUGGUGGUGCUGCUGACACUGGAGCUGCUCAUAGACACCAAGCUGUUGCAGUUUAAUAACGCUUUCCAGUUUGCAAGCAUCAUCCACUGGAUCAGCCUGGCCAUUCUCUCUGUGUUCUUCACUGAGACGGUGUUCAGGAUCGUCGUACUGGGGAUAUGGGAUUACAUAGAGAACAAAGUAGAGGUGUUUGAUGGGGCUGUCAUCGUCCUUUCUCUGGCCCCCAUGGUGGCCUCCACAGUGGCCAAUGGCCCCAGCAGCCCCUGGGACGCUAUCGGUCUCAUCAUCACACUGCGCAUCUGGAGAGUCAAGAGGAUCAUUGACGCCUUUGUGAUGCAAGUGAAAGUGGAGAUGGAGCUCGAGAUCCAGCAGUAUGAGAAGGCCAAAGCAGUGAGGGAGGAGCAGCUCGACCGUCUCACCCAGAUCUGCCAGGAACAAGCAUUUGAAAUCAGGCAGCUGAGAGCCCACCUGGCCCAGCAGGACCUAGAUCUCGUAGCAGAACGUGAAGCAGCCAUGCAGAUCCACCAUAUGUGGGGUAAACAGAGCAGCAGUUUCCAGGAGGUGGACGGACUGGCCCCGGGGACCUCUGAGCCUCACGGGUCGAAUAAAGCCAGAGAGCCCAGGGGGCCUGCAGAUCACCAUGGUCAAGAUGACAUGAACAACUACAUCAGCCAGUACUACAGUGAACCUAGCAGUGAUAUGGGGAUCCCAGACCCAGCACGCGUCAUCACCACAGCAGCCAUAGAUGUGCACCUGCCGAACAACCCCAGCCAGCUCCCCCCUUCUUUGGUGAGUGCCGAUGCGGUGGUGUCCGGCCGUCUGCAGCGGACCGGCAGCUCAGUCAGCGAAGCCUCCACCACCACAGUGUCCCGCACAAGCUUCAGCGGCAGGCAGCACAGCAUCAGCAGCCACACGCUGGGCUCCACCUCGGACUGCAGCUCCACGGUGCGCGAGGCCUCCACCUCCACGGAUUACAGCGACCAACGCUGCUAUCCGCCACCUUACAGCAGCCCUCUGGCCCUGGGGACUCAGCCACGAGGGAGUCCCAGCGCCGUGGUGCAGGAGCUGCUCUCCUCUUUGUCCGAGGACUCCUGUCUGACGCAGAAGGGACUGGACCCGGUUAACCUGAAACCGCCGAGCCCAGCAGGUUCCACCAAGACUAGCCCUGAGCUGGAGCACAGGCUCAACCUCUACAACAAGAGGAACCAGGAGAGCAGGGUCGGGCUGCACUCCAAGCCUCUGAUUCAUCUGCAGAGCAACGAGCCUCUUCUGGAGGAGAAGUACAGAAUGAUGGAGCCGGUGGACGCUCCAGUCAGCCGCAUGUCAGAGACAUAAGACUCGGCCCAAAACGGGGAACUACACAGGACUCUCUUAAGAUCAACCACAAAAAAUUGACGCUCUAAUAAACUCUGGUGUUGGUUGUAGUCCCAGGCACAUAAACAGCAUGUCCUCUUUGUACUGACGGGACUGAAGGGGAUGAACCUUUCAUAGGAGCACAAAAAUAAAAGGAGAUGGAAAACUGGAGGAGGCAGACUUAUCAGGCAUCACUUAUCAGGAAUCAACUUUCACAGAAAUACUUUUUUUGUGUUUUAUGAAAAAUUUUACCAAUAGAAACCAGCAAAAAGGGCUCAGGCCCGUCGUUUUCAGACUAAAAGGUCUUUGCAGAAACAAUCUGGCUUUUGGUUACGUUGUGGAUUGAUUUCUAGCAAGAGAUGCUGGACUGAUCAGAUGAUAUUACUGAAGGGCAAGAAACGGUGUAUGACUUGCAGAUCUAUCUAAGUACAUGUAUAUCUGCCGCUGUAGAGGUCAGUGUAGUGUCUCCAAACACACAUAGAACAGUCCUCUUCGACGGGACAGCAGCAGGGUACGUUGGAUCACAUGUUCUUUCUAUCUUUGUCUUUCUAUAUUUAGCAAUGUUAACAUUUUUAUUGAAAAUUCUAUGAAUGGAAACCUUCAAACUUGUCACUGGUGGAUGAUUCAAGUAAUUCAGAGUUUUUAUCUUGGUGCAAUGACGUAAAAUCAGUGCUUAAUGAGAUUUUUGCAAAUACAGCAUGUCCUUCUCACAUCUAUUUAAUUGGAAGCUACCUGCACACGGUGGUUUUGAUAUCAUUCAGGUCUAAAAUGUUACCUGUUUAUUUUAAUGUUUGGAUGCUGUGUAAACAAUUCAGGAUGGGUUUGAUCCAUCAUAUCGCAGCCGUCAAAUACCGAGGGACAAGAAAAUGUCAAAGAAAAUUUAAGCAUGAACCUUCCUCUUUAAAAAAAAAAAAAAAAACUAUUGUACUGUCAGCAGGCUUUUUCUAUCUUGAUCAUGGGAAGAACGUAUUGCAAAAUGGAUCCAAUAAAAAAAAAAUACAAAAAGAUAA